AUGAGCGAAAUAAAUACAGAUAAUAGUAAAAAUAAGAAUUGUGAUCAAGAUCAUUGUAAUUCUCAUAGUGAUGAGCAUUCAAAUGUAAAUAAAAACAAAAAAGAUAUUGAAAGUAGUAAAGAUCAACAAACAGACAAUAAAUCGGAUAAACAGACAAAAGAAUCAGAAGAUCAAUCAACUAAAUCAGUAGAGUCUGAAUUAAAGUCAGAUAGUAAUGUUAAGCAUAUAGAGAUACCAACUAUAAUUGAAAAUAAUGAUAUCGUAGCGCAAGAAGAAAAAGAAAAAGAAAAAGAGGAAACAAAAGAAGAAAUAAAGAAAGAUGAUAAAGCUGGAGAUAAAGAUGAAAAGGAAACAACAGAUUCAAAAGAGAAUAUUGAACAACAAGUAAAGAAUGACAAUGAAGAAAAGGAAUUGAUUGAAAAGGUAGAAAAAGAAUUGGUAUUGACACCAAAGAAAGAAACAACAACAAAAACAACAACCACAACAACUACAAGCAGCACUCCUACAGCAAAUAAAGAUAAAGAUCAUAUUAUUAUACCAGCUACACAAAGAGCCGAUGGCACUUGGAGAAAGGAAAUCAAAGUUAGAGCUGGCUAUAUACCACCAGAAGAAGUUCCCAAGUACAUUCCACCACAUCAAAGAGAGAGCACACCUACAAAAGAUCUUUCAAAUUCACCAUCUGGAGUUAGAACAACGAAAGGUCGUGGUCAAUUCAAAUCAUCAUCAUCUUCUUCUUCUUCUUCUUAUUCAGAAUCACCUAUUGACAAUAGUAAUGAUGACUAUGAUCCCGAUGUCAACAAUUCAUAUUCAGACAGAGAAGAUAGAUUAGAUAGUAGAUCCAACAACAACAAUAAUAAUAAUAAUAAUAAUAAUAAUACAUCACCAACUAAUUAUUAUAAUAAUAGUAAUCAAUCUUCAUAUAGAAAUAACAAUAGCUAUAACAAUAACAAUAAUAGUAAUUACAAUAGAGCACCUUUUUCAACAUAUUCAAAGCCAAGAGAUAAUGAUGAUAAUAACAAUACUGGUAGAUAUUCAAAUGAUAGUGAUAAUAGAAAUAGUUGGCGUAGCUCACCAUCGAGAGGAACAGAAACAUAUACACCUCCAUCCUAUACAUCUUCACCAUCUCAUUAUUCUUCUUCUUCCUCUUCUCCUUUUUCAUCUGGUAAGAGUCCAAAACCUUCAUAUCGAGACAACAACAACAACACCUAUGACAGUAAUGAUAGAUACCAAUCAUCACCACAACAAACACAACAGCAGUCAUCACCUAACUAUAACACAAGAGGUGGUAGUAGUACUCCUAAUCGUGGAGGUAGAGGUGGAUAUGGUUCUGGCAGUAGUAGCAGUGGCAGAGGUGGAAAGAGUCCAUCAAGAGGUGGAAGUAGUUCUGGUGGUGGUUUACAAUGGACACACGAUAAGUUUUAUGAAAACUAUGAUCAAUAA